UGUUCGCGCUACCCGACUUGUCCUCUGCUCAAAAGCAGUGUUUGUUGGAGGCCGUGACUACAACACUUUUCAUCCGAGGUCCUACGUAUUUUCUCUGUUUUCUCUCGGAAAGUUCGAACCUUUACAUUUCGAAAAAAAAAAUCACAAAAGUUUCUGACACGAAAGUGGAAGUUUUUUUACAAAGAAAAAAAUGCCGCAGCUCAAUAGCGGAGGGGGAGAUGAUCUCGGAGCCAACGACGAAAUGAUUGCCUUCAAAGAUGAAGGAGAACAAGACGAAAAAAUUCAAGAGAACGCGUUUACAGAGCGGGACUUGGCUGAUCUGAAGUCGUCCUUGGUGAAUGAAUCGGAGAUCAGUCAAAACUUACACCCGCCGGUGGUCAGAACAGGACAUCAGGAGGAGCAGAGAGUGUACGAAGAGAAACACAGGGAUCAUCUCGAACAUCUUGACAGCGUACCAAAGACUCAAGAUGGAGGGAUGUACAAAUCAUCGGCAUAUACUGGAUACCCGUUCCUGAUGCUACCAGAUCCCUAUCAUCCCAAUGGACAAGUAACACCAUCUGCUAACAAAGUGGCAGUGGUACAGCAGCCUCAUGGGAUGCACCCACUUACAUCACUUCUGCCAUACAGCAAUGAACACUUCAAUCCCAACCCUUCACAUCUGACAUCAGAUAUAAACCAAAAACCAGGUGUUCACAGACAUCAGCCCCAUGAUCUUUCAAGCUUCUAUUCCCUGCCUUCAGGAGGAGUUGGCCAGAUAACCCCAUCUAUGGGUUGGCAAAGUCAGCCUGUCUAUCCACUCUCCUCGUGUGGCUUCAGGCAACCCUACUCUUCCAGUCUCAGCAGCAACCCGUCCUAUUCCAGGUUCUCUCACUCUCUUAUUAUGGGGCCAUCUGGAAUGCACCCUACAGGAAUCCCACACCCUGCUAUAGUGCCCUCUUCAGGCAGGCAAGAGCAUGACCAGUUUGACAUUAAGCCUCAUUCAGAAUCAAAGAGGGAGAGAGAACCUAAGAAACCAGUCAUCAAGAAGCCUCUGAAUGCCUUUAUGCUGUAUAUGAAGGAGAUGAGGGCAAAAGUCAUUGCAGAAUGCACCUUGAAAGAGAGUGCAGCAAUCAACCAGAUACUUGGACGUAGGUGGCAUGCUCUGACUCGUGAGGAACAGGCCAAGUACUAUGAGCUUGCCAGGAAAGAGCGGCAGCUUCACAUGCAACUCUACCCCAGCUGGUCUGCCAGAGACAACUAUGGCAAAAAGAAGAGAAGAAAAAGAGACAAGCAGCAUGAUUCUGCCUCAGACCCUGGCUUCCCUAAGAAAUGCCGAGCUCGUUUCGGCCUCAAUCAACAAAUGGACUGGUGUGACCCCUGCAGGAGAAAAAAGAAGUGCAUUCGCUACCUUCAAGGAGGACAGUGCGCCAGCCCCGAUUCUUCCGAUGGAAGUGCUGUAGAUUCACCCUCCUCACCUAUUCAUCAUUUUACACACCUUACUUCUUCUCUAAACUGCCCCUUUUCUUUUCCCAAUGCCAGCAAUCUCCAUGCACAGACCAGAAACCACCCUUGUCCUCAACUGUCAGUCCUCACACACUCUCAAUAUUCUUCAGGAGAGCGAAAAAUAAGACCACAAUCCACACAUCUGUAGUCCACACCAUUAAACAAUGAGUCCCAGAAACUCUUCUGCCCUCAGUGUUUUUACUAGACACUAUAACAUUUUUAAUGAAGAUAUCAGCUGCUGUGUGUAUCACAUUGCUAGCAACUUAAUUGUAAGAGAUUUAAAUGUCAUCAAAUUACAUUCUAUACCUAAUAUUACAUUUGUUUUUGUUUGCCAUUUCUUUAAUCCUGUUUUUCCAGUUAUUUUCAAACUGCCACUUUCUGAGUACUGUGAUUAUUUCUGUGCCAGAGUCAAAUAUGUUUCAAGCAACCACAAUGAAAAUUAUACAUUUUACUGUUUAUGUUGUCUGUCAUCAAUAAAAAGUAAUGAUUCUAAAUCUAUUCAGUCAUAGAAUAGAAAAGACAAGAAGUUCUCAUGCCAUAAUGGAGAGUUUUGUUUUGACUUAAUGAAGCUCGUCAAAUUACUCUACUUGUUUACUUCAUAUAGAACAAAGUUUUUUGUUGCCUGUAAGUAUUUUUUGUUUCUUUUGCUAUUUUUAUACAGGUGGUGAUUUGUUGUGUUUUCUUUGGUAACAUAUCCAUUUUAAUAUAUUAAAAAAUGGAAAUAUUUUAAUUGAAUUCAUGUUUUUCAUGCCAAUAUUAAAAGCAAUCCUC